AUGCCCGGGGUGAAGAAGCCGUCGAUCGAUCGAGAGGAACGUCGUGCAUGGCUCGGUGAGCAGCUUCAAGAGCGCCAGAAGCAGCGCGACCGCGACCGAGAGCAGCAACUUCAAGCUCUGGAGCUCGAGAACGAGCGACUAUGGGCCCCAUUCGCUCAGGAGGCCAAGCACACAGGAGAGCUCAACAUCGCGUGGAAAGAGGCCCGUGGGUUCUUCACCUGGGAGCGGGUGAUGCCCUUCCGUGACCUCCUGGCGCUGAGGAUCACGGGCCACAACCUGCUGGAGCUGCCCGAGAACUUACCAGCAGCUCUUCCGUCGCUAGAGACCCUUUCACUAAUCGCAGACGGACUCGAGCGACUUCCAGAAACCAUCGGAGCACUAUCACGCUUGACGGAGCUGGAUCUGACCAAGAACCGACUGCGGGAGCUGCCCGACUCUCUCACAAAACUCACGGGGCUCACCGCCCUCAACUUGUCCUGCAAUGCUCUGGAGAAGCUUCCCGAGGAUUUCGGAAAACUUGUCAAGCUUGACAAACUGUGGCUCGAACGCAACGCCUUGACGCAGCUUCCAGUGUCCAUCGGGGGCUGUCGAAGUGCUCGAUGUGCCAACUUCAGUGCCAAUAAACUCACGGAGCUGCCAGAGACGAUCGGAGAGUUGACCGCGCUUACAACGCUGACGCUCAACUUGAACGAGCUGCAGGAACUGCCGGACGCUGUGGUUUUUCUGCCCAACUUGCGGGUGCUUCACGCGUCUCGGAAUCAACUGCUCAAACUACCGCGAGCUAUUGGCGAGAUGCAGGCGCUUCGAGAGCUGCGACUGGACUGGAACUGCAUCCAAGAGCUUCCCUUCUCCUUUCGUGCGUUGACGGGCUUGCAGGUUCUCUGCAUGGAGCAGAACCCGCUGCGCUUACCCACCAGCGACGUCGUAGCUCGCGGCGUCCCCGAGACGCUGCGCUUCAUGGAGAAAGCCCUCGUGGAGUUCCAGAGAAGCAGCAGACGAGAAGUUGUCGAAGCCCUACAACAACCCAACUGUGAUCGUUUAGCGCCACAGGGCACCAGCAGCGAGCUCAAGUUGUACGGCAUCGUCUGGGAGAGUUUCUUCUCUGAGCUGCUCCCGGCCAUCGAACGCAAGCAAGCGCUCGCACAAGCACCUCCAACGCCCUUCUCGCAGCGUUUCUCUCCUGAGGAAGUCGAAGACGCACUCUUGAACUACGACGACGAGUUCGGCAUGGCUUGUGUCGCUGGCGGGGGAGAAGUUCCAAGUGUCCCCAUCGAGUUUCGUCGCUGUGCGUGUCUUGAUCCAGUGGCUCUGUGUGAACGAGGCCAGCGCGUCCGGAAGGUUUGUCUGCCGAGAACAGCGCCGUAUCGAUGUCAACGCCCUGGGAGACUGCUGCGCGCGCAGAUGCUCACCAAAGAGCAAGCUCAAGACCAACUCGCCAGCAUCUACCUACGUGCCAAAGUGGCUCGCCUCGUCCAGAAGACGCAGAGACGCGCUAUCGAGUACAUCAACUCCACCUUGGGCGUGGCUCACUUUGAGCGUACAGCUCGCGUUUUGGCUCACGAAAUGGUUCAGCGGCGUAGACGACUGCGUAAACUCUACAAGAAGUACAUGAAGAACCAGCGGCACGUCGACGCUCGACGAGAGAAACUCCAUCGGAAGAUUGAGGCCUUUCAACGCGCGAAGGAGGCGCGGAUGAAGACCACGCGGGAUAAGUGUUCACGGCUUGAGAAGGAUCGAGAAGCGCUCGAGCGUGAACGUGACGCCGCCGCUGGCAAAGACAAGGGAGGCGCGUUGGCAGCAGCGAAGACCAAGAAGCUGAAUAAGCUGGACAAAAAACUUUCCAAGUUGAGAUCCGAGCUGGAGGACGGGGAGGCAGAGCUUGGGCCUGAGAACGGGAAGAUCUACGAGCUUGAGCUAGCGAUCGAAGGCCUUGACAUGGAAGAGCAGAAGCUUGUAACAGCCACGGAGAAAGCUCGAGCGCGCGAGAUGAAUGCCGCCAUCGGAGAUGAUGAAGACUCCGAAGAAGAGGAAGAAGAAGCCCCGGAGACGGAGGCCUCGCGCGUGAGCUCAUCAGCGCCGACCGAGGCUCCAGGCACCUCGUUCUUCCAAAUCGACAUGCCGGAUCUGAGCAUCGACGACUACCGCAUCGCAGCCGUGAAAGCACCGAGCUUCAUCAUGCCCCUGGAUGUCCCCGAAGAGGAACUGUUCGAGCUGUUCCAGACGCAAAUCCGAGACUCGUACGUGGAGAUGCAGUGCACGAAGGUGUCGCAGCAGGCCACCAAGGAGUUUCUCCAGAUGCGCGCCGUUCUUCAGAGAUGGCGUGGACUUGGUACUCGAGCGGUGUUCGAAGCUUGGCACGAGGUGGCUCGAGCCAGUCGCUUGGACGCCAACGCCGUGAAGGCCCGUCUCGAGCGGAAGAAGCUGCUGGAGAAGCAGAACCGGGAGCUUGAGGAGCAGCUCGCACGUAUCGAAGCCAGACGUUGGGUCCUGCGCACCGACAUGUACACGGACGCCAUCUACUACGAGAAUGAGACAACCGGUGAAACCCGAUGGGAGCCGCCGCAGUUCUGGGCGGAAGAGCAGCAGAAACAGCAAAAGGAGCGACAAGCUGCGAGCUUCGCAAACGUACCUGUGCUCAAGCUUCCUCCGAUCUAG